GCUGUAACAAAUUUGAGGCAUCAGACAAGGACGACACAAGUGGGUGGCCAGUACUACGAAAGACUGACAAAUUUUCGAUCAAAACAUACUGAGUCACAUCCAAAAUUUCUCAAUGUUUGGGCAGAAUUUGAAGUUCCAGGUUUCACUCUUUCUAAUUAUUUGGUUGUGCAUUAUAAAACCAAAUAUACUAAUGUGGCUAAUACUCAUCACCCUUCAAAGAUACUGUUAACAGUGCAAGUAGAGUCUGCCAGUAACUUACCACUUUCACUAUCUGAUGCAUCGUCAAGUCUGGCUAUAGCAUCGAGUAAUGACUGCUCCUGGUCCUACAAGGACAACCAUUUGACCUCACAACUCUCAGACGAAGGAUAUCUAUAAGGAGCUUUUCUCCAUCAUACAUAAUUCUGUAGAAAACUGCAUAACAACAGACAAGCCAACUCACUUGCGAAAGUUUCUUGGCCUUUUCGAUCUCACCCACAUUUGGAUUGGGUGAGAUCCACCUCAUUUUGUGUAUAACACUUAAUCUUCAUCUUCAUCUCACCUACAUAAGUUUUAAACACCACCAAAAUCUGUAUCUUAUUGAGAAAAGAAUUUUGUUCUUGCACUGCUUAUUAUCUGAUGAAUCCAAUUGAUCUCUGGAUGGCAGUAACUGAUCGCUAACUGAAUUCUGGUUUGUGUACCUUGAGGCACAUGUUGAGGCAAUCUCUGCAGAAUCCUGCACGGAUUUGAGCGGUUUUAUUGCUGCUAACACAUGCAUGUUGAAUGCAGAACACAAGAACGUCCUUUACAUGAAGUGAAUAAACGAGAAUCUGAUGCAGAAGCUAGCACACGAAUUUCAUGGCGAUUUCUAUAGAUAUAUGCAGGUGGUCAAGUUCAGUGCAGAUCAUCACAGUAGCUUGCAUUGCUGCCAAAAAAAACCCUAAAAACCCAAGAAAAUGGCCAAUGCAACAGUAGUAGCCUCGUCGUGGAUUCCACUGCUCUGCCUCGUCGUCGUCGUCCUGUCCGCCUGCACCGCCGUCUCGUCGGCGGUGGAGUGCAACGGCGACGACCGCGCCGCGCUGCUGAGGGUGAAGGCGCAGCUGGGCGACCCCGUCAGGCUGUCGUCGUGGCGGCCGUCGACCAACUGCUGCGCGUGGGAGCCCGCCGUGUUCUGCUCCGGCGAGCCCGGCCGCGUCACCGGGCUGGCGCUCUUCUCCCUCGCCGGCGUCGCCGCGCCCGUGCCGCCGGCGCUCGGCGAGCUGACGGGGCUCGCCGUCCUCCAGAUCGCGUCCGUCCGGGGCAUGUCGGGGCCCAUCCCGCCCUCCUUCGCCAACCUCUCGCUGCUCGAGGACCUCGACAUCACCGGCACCUCCAUCUCCGGCCCGGUGCCGGCGUCCUACCUCGCCGGCGCCACCAACCUCCGUACCCUCGUCAUCGCCGACAGCAGGCUCGCCGGGCCGAUCCCGCCGUCCCUCGCCGGCGACCACCCCAACCUCCGGUACCUCGACCUCAGCGGCAACUUCCUCACCGGCGCCAUCCCGCCGGGGCUGGUGCACGGCAGCUUCAGGUUCUUGAUCCUCUCCCACAACCAGCUCACCGGCGAGAUACCGCGCUGCUACGGCGACGUGGACACCGUCGACCUCUCGCACAACCGCCUCACCGGCGACCCGUCGCCGCACCUGUUCGGGAUCGCGGCGCCGGCGGCCAAGAUCGACCUGUCGUGGAACGAGCUGGCGUUCGACAUGACCGGGGUGAGGUUCCCGCACCACCUCAGGUACCUCGACCUCAGCCACAACCGGAUCACCGGGAAGGUGGCCAAGUCGCUGAUGGACGUCAGGCUGGAGCACCUCAACGUCAGCGACAACGAGCUCUGCGGCGAGAUUCCGGCGGGGAGGUUCAUGGCGGCGCACGGUGCGGAUUGCUACGCUCGCAACAGGUGCCUGUGUGGUGCCCCGCUGCCUCCCUGCUGCGACGGCGGCCUGUAGAGUUUAGAGAGUAGAGAGUCAGAGAGAUGGUAGAGCUCGAUCUACACAGUGUGACAGGCAUUGUACGUCCAUUGCUGACUGGCUGUUGUUAUAUCUGAACUUGUCGACUGCUUUUGUUUCUGUGCUUUUGGAAGAAUAAUUAACUAUUUGCCACUUGGUGCUAAA